AUAUUUCUACUGAUUGCCUCAUGACACAUCCUCAGUUUAAAGACCUCCUUAGAAACGUAACCAGUGCAGGAGUAAAUGAUAGGUGCUUGCAUGCUUUAGAGUUGCAACUUCUCGAGGGACAGAAGAUCAAAAGAGGUCACAUAUCAGCAGAUACAGAUGAGGUCAUAGUAAAAUUUGCUACCAGUCCAAGUGGUAAGGCAACACCAGUGAGUGAAAUCGACGUUGGAAUACUUAGUAUAAUGAGGACAAUUACUGGGAUGCAAAAGAAAAUAGACAAUGGAAACGAAGAAAUACAAAAAUUAAAAGGUAGAAGCAUCGGGCUAGUAAGAAAGGGCCAAAAGAAAGAGGCCCUUGUUCUCAUGAGAAGAAUGAAAGUCAUUUCAAGAAAUGUAUCAAAUUUUGAAGAAAAACUGACUAACCUUGAGACAGUCCUGGACCAGAUUAAAUCCGCUGAAACUGACAUUAAGAUCCUUGAAGCUUAUAAAACUGGAGCUUCGGUACUUCGUAGACUACGGGUGAAAGAAGGACUGAAAGUAGAAGAUGCUGAAAAAAUAGUUGAUGACUUGCAAGAUCUAUUAGAGGAAGGAGAGAAUAUAUCUGAUGUUGUUGCUACUCAGUUUGGAGGUCUUGAAAUUGAUGAAGACGAUUUGUUAAGAGAACUAGAAGAGCUUGAUGAUGUAGAGAAAGUAACCGAAAAAAUGGGAUCUUUUAAAAUUGAAGAAUGCAAACCAGUAACUCCACAAAAUGUGGUACACAAUCAAGCAGAUGAAGAGAAGGAGCCUAAGGAAAAACUGCCUAAAGCAAAACCAAUGUUAUUGACAUAAUUCUGGUGACCAAUGACCACAUCAAUUUUUAAUUAUUUGUAUACUUAAGAUCCAAAGAAUAUUUAUAGCAUCAUUUAGCAUCGAUUUUAUUAUUGAUUUGUAUACUUAUCCGAAGAAUAUUAAUAGCAUCAUUUAGCAUCAAAUGUAUUAUUGAAGACUUUGUUAUUCUACUCAUGCAGGCUCUAAUUAUUAUUCUUAUUUAAACAUUAAACCUCAUGAGUACAGUCAAUCAAA